CAAUCCGUGUCCAUUUUAUUCAACGCUCAGCCGUGACGUUUACUCCUGACUUCUAUUGACAUUGAAUUGCAAUUUGAAAAUCAGGUCGUGACAGUGGGCUUAUAACAACAGCCCGUUUCCAUUUUAUUCAAUGCUGAGCGUUGACGUUUACACCUGACUUCAAUUGACAUUGGAAAUUCUCGCCGCAUUCAAACCCUGUAACCUCUGAGACCUUGGGCAAUAUCAAAUGGGUUCAGAGGUAAAAGAGAUAGAACAAGAUGAAGUACAAAUCUUUCCCUUUUGUUCCUUACAAAAGAUCAGCUUCUCUUUCAAUCCUCCUUUUCCUGUUUCUAAUGAAUUUUCUUUCAGUCACUUGUACCUAUAUAUCUCACACAUGUGAUAAAUCCUCAACUUUCCCCAAUGGCAGCAGUUAUUCCAGAAACUUGAAUCUAGUUAUCAAUGAUCUGUUUCAAAAUGCACCUCAAAGUUCAGGGUUUAACACUUCUUCCCAUGGCCAAUCUCCCAAUAAGGUCUAUGGUUUGCUACAGUGUACUGGAAAUAUAACACCAGUGAGUUGCUCAAACUGUGUCCAGGAAGCAAAUAACAGUAUUAAAGAGCUUUGCUCCAAUAAGAUGGACGGGAAAUUAUGGUUGGAUGACUGCUUCUUGCGCUAUGGCAGUUCUAAUUUCAUUUCAAUACUAGAUACUGAUGGAGUUGUUAUGACGAGCGGGAACGAUAUCGACAGCGAUAUGAACGUUUUCCACUCGGCAAUCACUACCCUUCUGUCGGAUCUGUCAAACAAAGCUUACAUCCCUCAAAAUAAGGGUUUCGCUGCGGGAUCAGCGAACUACUCUGCUUCAGGAAAGUUAUAUGGUUUAGUUCAGUGUUGGAGGGAUAUAUCAAUACACAAUUGCAGAAAAUGCUUGGCUACAGCAAGGCCACGGUUGGAGUAUUCUACAAAACAAGGAGCUCAGGUUAGGUAUGGCAGCUGCAUGGCAAGAUAUGAAAUUUACUCAUUUUUUUCCUCUGCUCAGUCGCCUUCUCACUCCCCAGAGGGAAAUACUCCAACUAUUUCCUCACCUCCCCUGCUUCCCACAUCAAAAAAGAAGUCCUCAAAAACAUUACCAAUAGUUUUAGGUUGCGUGGGAGGCAGCACUCUGGCGCUACUUAUUUGUCUGAUUGUAUGGAGAAAAGCAGUUAAAUCUGACAUUUUUGGGAAGGCAAUAACUACUGCUACACCCAACCAAGAAAGGCGUGAAUUAUCCCCUGUAUCUGAGUUACUUAUGCAAGAGCAUCAGUUUAUCUUUAGCUUACAAGCAUUGAUAGAAGCCACAGAAAAUUUUCAUGACAACAAGAAGCUUGGAGAAGGAGGGUUUGGUGCUGUGUACAAGGGGAUAACUAGAGAUGGAAAUUUGAUAGCAGUGAAGAAACUUUCUGCCAGAUCUACACAAGGCAAAAGAGAAUUUAUGAAUGAAGUGAAAUUGGUGGCCAAUGUUCAGCACCGAAACCUUGCAAAGUUGUUGGGAUGUUGCAUGGAGGAAAAUGAAAGGUUGCUUGUUUACGAGUAUUUUCCUAACAAAAGUUUGGACAAAUUUCUCUUUGAUCCAGAGAAGUGCAGAGAGCUAGACUGGCAAAAGCGUUAUAACAUCAUCUUUGGAAUUGCUCGUGGGCUUCUCUACCUUCAUGAGGAUUCACAUGUGCGAAUCAUUCAUAGAGAUAUUAAGGCAAGCAACAUUCUGCUUGACCACAAACUCAAUCCAAAAAUAGCUGACUUUGGCUUGGCAAGAUUUUUCUCUGAAGAUGAGACACAUAUUCAUACAAGAGUUGCAGGCACAUAUGGCUACAUGGCACCAGAGUAUGUAAUGCGAGGGAAGCUGUCAGUUAAAGUAGACGUUUACAGUUUUGGAGUGCUGGUGCUUGAGAUCGUCACUGGAAGGAAAAGCACUGAUAUUAAUUUUCCAUACCAAAUGGAUAGCCUCUUAGAAUGGGCAUGGAAACAAUUCAAUGGAGGAAAUGGGCUGAGUUUGUUGCAUUCAAAGGUAUCAGAAUUCAAUCAGGAGCAGGCAUUAAGAUGCAUUCAUGUGGGGCUUUUGUGUGUACAAGCUGAUGCAACACUUCGUCCAGCUAUGUCUAAUGUUAUUAUGAUGCUCUCUCGCCGUAAUGCCAAAUUGUCAAAUCCUUCUAAGCCUGCUUUUGUAAGCAGUAGCAAGAGUCAUGCUUCAACAUCGAAGUCCAGCUGGGAGGUUGAGGAGAAUGAAAAGAGAAUAACAUACCAGACAUCUGGGGCAACUACGUCAUCUUCAUCAGGGAUUCGUUCAGUAAAUGAAGCUUCCAUUACAGAAAUUGAAGCUAGAUGAAUUCACAUACCCUAAAUUAUCAAGUUCACCUGGAAACAGCAGGAGGUUAACCACAGGAAAGCGGUCUGCGCUCGUCUAAAUGGAUUACAGAGUGGUCAUGGUAUAUAUGCACUUCGUGUGUAAUUAUAGUUUACUGCGGGCCAACGAAUCUGUCUGGGAACAAUUUAGCUCGGGUUAGAUCAACUCUUGUAAAGCUGAAUUUGCAGCAAAAAGUAGCGCAGAAAAAGCAUUGACCUUUUUAUUUGCAUAACUCGAUUAAACAGCACUAAUGACUGGAUAUUAAUGUCAAAACAUGCAACUAAAUGUGGUCAGGAUUGGGAUGUCUUUACUGGGUUUCUUUAUUUUUACAAUUUUUUAUGUAUGAAAGAAAAAAGUUUUUAAAAAAAGUUUUUAAUAUAAUGGUUUUUU